AUGUCGGGCGACAAUCCGAAUGAUUUCUAUUUGCGCUACUACGUUGGGCACAAGGGGAAGUUUGGGCACGAGUUCUUGGAGUUCGAGUUUCGUCCGGACGGCAAGAUGCGGUACGCGAACAACAGCCAGUACAAGAACGACACGCUGAUCCGCAAGGAGGCAUACGUGGGCAAAAUCGUGCUCGACGAGCUCAAACGCAUCAUCGAUGACUCGGAAAUUAUGCAGAUGAUGCUACUUGGCCGGAGCCGGAUCGUUAAAAUUGGUUCUGUGGCAGACGUGAAUAAAAGCAGGGAUCCGGACGGACUGAGGUCGUUCUAUUAUUUGGUGCAAGAUUUGAAGUGCCUGGAAGAUGAUGCUACUUGGCCGGAGCCGGAUCGUGUAGGUCGACAGGAAUUAGAAAUUCUUCACAAUGAAGAGCACAUCUCGUUCACCACAAGGGAUCCGGACGGACUGAGGUCUUUCUAUUAUUUGGUGCAAGAUUUGAAGUGCCUGGUUUUCUCGUUGAUUGGUAUGCACUUCAAGAUCAAGCCUAUCUGA